AUGUUGCCGCGCCUGUGCGCCGACGGCCGCCGUCAGUGCUUCGCGAAGAUUGCGAGGCGCGACACACACCGCGGAACGCGAGCUCCGUAUGGCGGCCUACAACCUUUGCCGACCUGACCCCGUUUUUUGUUGCGUGAAGUUGACGAAGUGCCGACAGUGCUAGUGCGAUUGCGACUGCGACUGCGAGUGCGAUUCAGGGGAUCAGCGACGAGAACCUUCGGCCUCACGAUUGACGCCUUCUACCGCUUCCUGCGCCAGGGGCUGCCGCUGGCCAGGGAGGCAGCGAUCCACCUGAAUGGCAGCCAGGCGACGCCCGCCUCCUUCGCCGGGGUGACCAUAAGCGGGGCCCCCGGCGAUCUCUUCAACUACAGUGGCCUGGAGCUGGACCUCGGCCUGGAUCUCGACCUGGGCCCGACCAGCCCCAGCACGUUGGCGCCCACGCAGACCUUCAGGCCACCGGCGAACCGGAGCGUGGUGCGCGUCAGUGCCGACGUGCCCAUCUGGGUGGUGCCCUGCUACUCGGCCAUCCUGCUGUGCGCCGUGGUCGGGAAUCUGCUGGUGGUGCUGACCCUGGUCCAGAACCGCCGCAUGCGCACCAUCACCAACGUUUUCCUGCUCAACCUGGCCAUCUCGGACAUCCUGCUCGGCGUGUUCUGCAUGCCGGUGACCCUGGUCGGAACCCUGCUGCGCCACUUCAUCUUCGGCGAGCUGCUCUGCAAGCUCAUCCAGUUUGCCCAGGCUGCCUCCGUGGCCGUUUCCUCGUGGACACUGGUGGCCAUCUCGUGCGAGCGCUACUACGCCAUCUGCCAUCCGCUGAGGUCGCGCACCUGGCAGACGAUCAACCAUGCCAACAAGAUCAUCGCCAUCAUCUGGCUGGGCAGUCUGGUGUGCAUGACGCCCAUCGCCGCCUUCAGCCAGCUGAUGCCCACCAGUCGCCCAGGCCUGCGCAAGUGCCGGGAGCAAUGGCCGGCGGACAGCCUCAACUACGAGCGGGCCUACAACCUGUUCCUGGACCUGGCCCUCCUGGUGCUGCCCCUGCUGGCCCUGAGCUUCACCUACCUGUUCAUCACCCGCACCCUGUACGUGAGCAUGCGCAACGAGCGGGCCAUGAACUUCGGCAGCAGUGGGCCGGAGGUGACCUCCGCCUCCGCCGCGGGACCCGGCAGCCAGCGGCGGCCCAACGGAGGCCACUGCCAGUCUCUCGACACGGUGGUGACCCACCAGAACAAUCCGCACCAGCAGCAGCACCACUCGCAGUCCUACUACUACGCGGACUACACCCACUGCGGCAGCAAGCGCCGGCUGAUCGGAGGAGGAGCUCCCUGCGAGGGACGGAGGCAUCUCUACUGUAUGCGCAGUGCCUCCGUGAAGUCCCUGCGCCAUCAGCAGAUUAACGGAGGUGGUGGAGCCGCGGCCGUUGCCGGAACCGGAAACGCCGACUGCUGCAGUCGGGUCCACAGGAUGCGCCACCAGAUGCAGCCCCAACAGCCGGGCUACAUGAGCGACAACGAAUCCCGGCGGAAGUCCUUGUCCCAGCCCAGUCUGCGCAUCACGGAGGCGGGACUGCGGAGGUCCAACGAAAGCAAGAGCCUGGAGAGCAAGAAGCGGGUGGUCAAGAUGCUGUUCGUCCUGGUGCUGGAGUUCUUCAUCUGCUGGACCCCGCUGUACGUGAUCAACACGAUGACCAUGCUCCUGGGGCCGGCGGUGUACGAGUACGUGGACUACACGGCCAUCAGCUUCCUGCAGCUGCUGGCCUACUCCUCCAGCUGCUGCAACCCGAUCACCUACUGCUUCAUGAACGCCAGCUUCCGGCGCGCCUUCGUGGACACCUUCAAGGGGAUGCGGGUGUGCGAGCGCCUGUGCGCGCCCUGCUGCUUCUGGCGGCGGCGGUCCAAGAACGAGACGAACCUGUCCGUGGCCGGCAACUCCAUUGCGCUGGCCAACUCGGUCAUGUCCAGCCACACGAUCCUGGAGAGCCCGCGCCUCUGAGCCAGCCGCCGGCGGCAGCAGCUGGCGGAGUCGGAGUCCCUGUAGGACAGCAAAGAGUGCGGCUCGCGGUCGCCAAUUUGUGAUGAUGCAAUGUAACUGCAAUAGAAACUGUGGUUGUCAACGAAUCCGCCGCGUUCUGAAUGUGUGUGGAGGUGGCUGGAUGUGGAUGGGGUCCGGGCGAGGAACACUGGGGGAUCCCCCUCUUAAUAUUAGCAAAUAGUCUUUUAAUUAUGAGUGUGCGUUAAUGCGAGUUAUUCAGUGUCAGUUAUUUGACUUCACCCGCGCGUUUCACGUUUUUUCACCUCUAAGGUGGAGGAAUGUAACGAAGAUCAGUCGGAUACAAAUUUACAUAGAUAUAGGUUAAUUGAAAAGUAUCAGUUGAAGAGUGGGCACAAUGGUUUCAAAGUUGAUCAUUAACUAUUUUAAAUAACUAAAUGUAAAAUUUCUUACCUUGUAGGAUACAAAGAGACCUCGAAUUGUUAUAACUAAAAUACGUCCUCGAAUUCUUCUGGGCCUAAGACAUACGUUUCUUUAACUCACAAAAAUAGAGAAGAAUAACCAACCAAUCUUUCAGUAGAGGAGUGCUGAUUUCCUCUUUCUUUGCUAUACCUGAUAAUCAAUAAACCAAUAUAAUAUACAUUCUUUUAAAAGAAACAAAUUCCACAAUUUUAAAUAUUUUUAUGGUCUGUUUUUAUAAAUUAAAUUAGUUCCUGACUGACUUUAAUGGUUAACUGUUAUUUUGUACGUAUUUUUAUAAGACUUAUUCUCUGUGAAAUAUGGAAAAGCUCUGUUUAGGUAAUGUUAAUUGAAUGUUUUUAGUGACAACUGUUGCAAUCCAACUCUGCAAUUAGAAAUGGUAAUAUUAGUGCUAGCUUUCAGACCAUUGUGCUGCUCCUACAACGCAGUCCUUAACUUUACCCUAAACCGCUUAAGUAGAAGUUCCGCCGCGCGGUGGAAGGUUUCAGCGAAUCAAGAAGCAUUUGACAGCAGGCUGAUUUUACAGGGUAGACAGGGAAUCCUCCGCGGGAUUCCUCUCAUUCAAAAAGGUUGUCAGACGGAGCUUAUGGAGUGCCAGACACUCCGAGGUCCAAGUAUUAUAAGACACCCGCACCCGGGUCGAAAACCGGGUGGGUCGGGGCCGAAAAUCCAAUUUACGUAGAUUAAUGGAAUUCCGGCAAGCAAAUAAAUAUUAACACUCAAAAGUUUCACUUUAGCUCCCACACACACUUCAACGAACCUGGCAAUUGCAAUUAUUAUUAUGAUAUUUAUAGAUGUACAAAUCUCGGUGUUUUUAUGUAAAUAAUGAAAUCAAAUCAAAUAAACUGCAUCUAAAU